AUGGCUCUCAGCACAAAUGCCAAGGAUUGGCUUACGGUUGCGAUCUUCAUCGUUCUAUUCUUCUAUUAUUUCGAGUAUCUUCAACCUUUCCAAAGGCAGUUUCGCUUGGAUGACAGCACAUUGCAGCAUCCGUUUGCAAAAGUGGAACGUGUAACUGAUAAUGAGCUAUAUCUUUAUUGCUCCUUGGUGCCGACGGUAGUGAUUGGAGUGGUGCAGUUUUUGCGGACCAAGUUGUGUGGUCCAGUGUCUGGAGGUGCUAGCGAGAAUUGGAGUUUAAGCGCCACGAAUCGUGCCCUUCUAGGAUUGUGGGUAUCUGUGGUGGCUGCCGCUUGUGUCACGGAUGUUUUGAAGGUUUGGAUCGCUCGUCCUCGUCCAGACUUUCUCGAAAGAUGCGGUGCUGUAGCUGGAACACCUUUGCACACGUAUGUCUCCACUGAGGUAUGUACGGCGCCUCUCGGCCAGAUGUACGUGGCAGAUGGAAUGAAGUCGACGCCUCUGGGUCAUCUGUCAAUGGCAUUUGCUGGACUAUUUUACUUGACGUUGUGGCUCGGAAGACACGGACGUUUUCCUAAGGCUAGUGCUUUGACUACUUUUAUAGUCCGUACACUUCCCUCUUUGUUGGCUGCAUAUAUCGCCUUCAGUCGUACUCAGGAUUAUCGUCACCACUUUUUUGAUGUCCUGCUUGGACUGACGAUUGGUAUACUUUUUGCAUGGGGAUGCUACGUGAAAUAUCACGGAGUAUCAAAUUAA